AUGAAACCUAUAGAUUUGACAUUGAUGGAAGAAAAAACUGGUUUCAACUUUUAUAAUCUAGUAAGUAAAACUGAAAGAAUUGUCGAAACUAUUGAAGAGUUAAAAACUCAUAAUAAUCUAUUUAUUAAUAAAGAAAAUGAAGAACCACAAAUAAGCAAGAAAAUGGCAUUAUUUUUGCUAAUUAUAGUAACAGUGAUAAUUGGAUUUUCUGCUAAAUUUUAUGUUAGUUCAAUUGAAGAACACGCUACUUCUGUUAGUGUUGCAAUGAAAGAUAAAAUGGAAUUUGCUAUUUGCAUUACAGUUGGCAGCUUAAUACAAAUCAUGUUAUUUGUUAUUCCUCUAUUAGUAAUAUUGGGAUGGAAUAUUGGUCAACCAAUAUCAUUGAACUUUGAGAUAUUUAAAACUGUAUAUUUAUUAAUUUCAGUUUUACUCUCAAAUUACUUGGUACAGUAA